AUGAACAACCCACCGCCAGAAGAAGAUGCCAAUCAAAGGGAUGGUCACUUGAUGAAUGAUGAAGACCAUGUGCAGGAACGGGAAGAGGAGAUCGAUCGGCGAGGACCCUAUAUUGUGUGUCGUGAGAUUCCAUUGGGUUGGAAUAUUGACGUGGACCAAGAAGACCUGCUGGAUGAAGAUAAUCUGAAGAUCCAUAAUCUGUGUGGUGUGAUGCAUCCUCGAUUGAUCCAGUUCUGUUCUCUCUACCGAAAGGUUGAAUUUGAUGUGGAAGACUUUAAGGAUUGCGACUUUUAUGACAUCAUGGCCAAAGAGGAGUGCAAAUCCAUGGUGUUGAAACCUCUGGUUGACUGGAUAUCUGAAACAUCUAUCCAUAUGAAGCACAAUAUUCAAGGAUACUAUGGGAUCAAGUACUUGAAGCUACCCAAUGAAGACAUCCCAGGUGAGAGGGGUGGUAUUGAAGACGGUUGGAACGUUAAACUCUCCAAUGAUGUGAUUGCGAAGAUAAAAACCAUUGGAACAUACAUCCGUUCGAUGAAGGAUGUUACCGACAAGAUAGAGGGUGCCUUGGAAUUAUGUGAAAUCAGACGUGGUGGUGCUUCUUUCGUUAAAACUGGAUGUCUUUUGGGUUACAUGGAUGCUCAAGUCCACGUAGACCACCUGCCCCAGGAGUUUUGCCAGGAUACUUCUGCGUUUUAGCUAAUCCAGUAUAUUCCAUGACACAAGCACUGGAAAUCCACACUUGACCAUUUGGUAGGUAGAUAAAACGCCUCUAUAGCUCAGUUUCAGUG